AGCAGCAGCAGAGGCAGCAGCAGCAGCGUUUCUUUCCACGGACUGAAGAGGAGGGAAAUCCUCUUCCUCGGCAUCGCCUGCAUGCAAAUGAAGCCGAGCGGGACAGAAUAAGGCUGCUUUAACGCACUCAUCUGUACCCACGACCUGACUCUGAGAGGAGGGGAGCUCUUCUCACUGAAGCCCGAGGUGCCCAGGCUUCAGCACUGACAAUUUUUCCAGAUCCUCCACAAAGGCUCACACAGGUGACAAGUGUGUCUAACUUCCCUGCACCGCCCGGAUUGACGCGCUCUCUGCGCGCUUUGUCCAGCGGCACUUGCGCUGCGUGAGACCCGCCGUCUUUUUUUUUGUUGUUGUUGUUUUGACGUGACAUUUCGCUCGCGCUGCUGUGCAUAUGUGGCCACAUAUGACGCAUCUGCGCCUUGAGCUGUUUUCCUAACGCUUGUUUUUUUUUUUUUUUUUUUUGGAAGCUGGAGUGAAGAAGCGUUUUUGAGGACAAGUUUCCGCGCUGAUUGGUAUGUUCGUCAUGUCUGCGCGGGUUAACUUGCGCGUUUCUCUGUAGAGUCACACGCAGACCUGAUCCGGGCUCUGCUCGGCGCACAAGUUGGCUGGGAAUAACAAUAACAAGAAUGGAAAGAGGUGAUGUUUAGCGGCUAAAUUUACUACCAGCAUCAUCAGCAUCCAAACUGCGGGGGUCUGCUGCCGCUCACUCCUCUUCCUCGACACACUUCCAGCUCUUGCAGAAGCCAGUCUGUGAAUUGGAAGCCCCCCUGAAGCAGCAGCUGCGUAAACUUGGCCAGAUCUGGUGACACUGUACCCUCUGUUUGUGCGCCGAUCAGCCCUGGAUGGAUAUGCGUCUUUGAAAAGCACAGGGGGGAUUUCUAUCAGUCCCUCUUUUAUUGUAACCUCAAAAUGGAUGCCGACGACAGGCUGUGGAGACGCCACUGGAUUAGCCACUCUUCAUCCACUGAUCUGCUUGACAUCUGAGCGACACCAGGGGUUCAAAGUUUGGAUAAUCUAAAGAAGGCUGAAGGUGUAGGAUGCAGUCUGGAGUGAAGACGCUCUCCGCAGGUGGAGGUGCGUCACUCUGCUGCCUGCUGCUCCUCUGGCUCAUCUACUCCCAUCUGCUCAGAGAGGGCCAGUUGGCGGUGGGAACCUGUGAGAUAGUGAUGCUCAACAGAGACAGCAGCGUUCCCAGACGGACCAUCGCCAGGCAGACGGCCCGCUGCGCCUGCAGGAGAGGCCAGAUCGCCGGGACCACCAGGGCGAGGCCGGCGUGUGUAGAUGCGAGAAUCGUGCGGAGCCGUCAGUGGUGCGAGAUGGCUCCCUGCCUGGAGGGGGAGGUCUGCAGCCUCCUGUUCAACCGAUCUGGAUGGACCUGCACCAGGGGCAGCGGACGCAUCAAGACCGUCACGCCUUUGCCCAAGGAGCCGUCGUAGGAUGCAGAGGAACCAGCAAGUAUGUUCAUUGACAUCAAUGCUACAAAAGGAACUGAGGCCAAUCACUACAACAGAACAUUGUGUCCAUACUACAGCAGCACCGAGGCUAACUGAACUUUACAGCAGCCUUGACCUUCAGUAAAAUAAAAAAUAAAAAACAACCCCAGAGCUUUUCCAAUCACUACAGUGAAAGACUCUCUGCAGACACCUCUGAGAACUGUGAGAAGUCUCAAGUGAGCAGCAUGAUACACCAUCGGCAUCGAAUCUCCAUCGCAGCCACAUUCACAGACACAUCAUAGAAAGAAAACCUCUCUGAGGAACAGUCAUAACCAGGGCAGUGGAAUAAUCAUUCAUGUACGUAACCUUUUUCUUGUCCAUGUUAUCUAACGCUAGGUCGACAGGGGUCGUCUCCUUGAAGAUUUUUACCUUCGCGGCUUGAUUUAGACUUGUCAAAAGGUCUUCAAAAGUCAGCCCCUUCAUCUUCUUUACUACCCCCUGCUAUGAAGCCUUCCAGGGUUUUAUUUCAGCCAAGUUUCUUUAAUGACAGCCCGCUGCUAAAGAGUCGUGACUUGACUGCCAGGGUGUACUGUCCACUGGAUUCCAGCUCUUCACACCUUCCUCUCAUUCGGCUGACUGAAACUUUACAAGGCCUCCAAAAUCUCUGCAUACUCAUCAGAAGGACAUUGUGAAAAAGCAUGAAAGUCUUUAUGAAAUGCCACAACAGAGAAGAUUUAACUGGAUGAAAAAGGUAUAAUGUGGACAUUUUGGACAACUUAGCUUAUAACUUAUGUUUUGUAUGUGGUGCCAACAUAGACUAGAAGAGUAGUUUUUGUCAAUGAACCUCACACAUCUUGUACACACCACCAGGAGCUUUUAGCAGAUGUGGACCCAGGCUCAUUUAAAUGAUCUAUACUUUGUGUGGGUGUCUGUUUACGCUAGCGUGCCUGUGCAUAAGUGUGCGAGCGCAUGUUUGCAUCUGUCCACGUGUGGGUACAUGUGUGUAUGCUUUGUGAGUGGGAGCGUGUGCACAUCCUGAGAUACACUGUGAAAUAAGUCAUGUCCAAUGCAUUAUUCAUACUCUUGUAUAGUUUUGGGACACGCCGAGACCAGAGCUCACCAUCUGGCAAAAGAAGCAUUUGUGAUUUUACAGAUGUUGGAUCUCAUUUUAAACCUUCACGGAUGAAUCCUGGGUUUGCCUUCUCUUUUCUUUCUUGUCUUUUCUUUAGUACAUAGAGAUAUUUAUAUUGGGGGGUGAACUAUUAUCAAAACCGGGGACAUAUCUACAGUAUGUCACAUAAGUUAAAUUCUGUAAUUACAAAAUAAUUCAUGUGUGAUUAAAUGUAUUCAGAAUACUUGUCUAAAUUGACUCUAUUUUGAUAUGAAAUGUUUUGGCCAGCUGGAAGUGCUAUUUGCUGAUUUCAGAUGCUUGAUAUAUUUGAAAUUGUGUACAUAUCUAUAUAUAUAUUCAAUUAAUGUAUUUUAUGUUCUGUGGGUCUCAUUCCAAGAGAAGAUAAAGAAAAGAAGGAGCACAAGUGGCAUUCUUCUGCAAGAUGUAGACACAAUAACAAGAACACCAGUGAGAUAUUUGGUAAAUAAAAAAUCGAAAAAAAUACCAGAGCCUGAUGGUUAUAUGCCUUUGCAGAGAAAGUACAAUGGUGAGUCAAGGAACCCUGUUUGGGUAAUGCUUUUGUGCAAGUGUGAUCGGUGGAAAUCUUAUUUCUUUAAUAAUGUAGGCGCAUGUUUUGCUAUAAACUUUAAAUAAAUAGCUAGGUAACUGUGUAGAGGUUUAUUGGUGCAUAAAAUUACAGUAAAGGGAUGAACAUGAGGCCCAAAUUGUAAUCCAUUCAUUGUUCAGUCAGAGUGGACAUCUGAGCUAUGGUUUGCAAAUGCAAGGAACAUGAGGCCAAACUACCGAGAGUUUUCGGGUUAAUAAGCACAGCGAUAAGGUUACAUUAAUUUUAAUGAAUCGAUUUAUGAUCCAAAUUUACGUAUCACUGAGCACAGACAUAAUAUGUGAUGGGACAUUGGCUGGCUGGACAAGAGGCAUCUGGCUGCAGACCUCAAGCAAACUUCUACGCUGGGGCGUUCAGCCGCAGACCUGCACACUGGGGCGUGACGUAUAUUGCCGGAGCCCGCGGACCCCCACACUGGGGCAAUGACGUAUAUUACCUGCGACAAAUUUUUUUGCUCUAUCCGCUUGCCCACUGGCCUACCCUAAAUCUAAGUACUCAGGUUUUAAUGCCUAAACCGAACCACACGGAUUAUAAUGCCUAAACUGAACCACUCGGGUUUUAAUAGCAUAGACCCCUACGCUGUCGGGGUCAGCUACUACACGGCCCAGCGUAGACCCCUAUAUUGGGGUCGGGGUCUGCUACUGCAACGUAGACCCCUACGCGUGCUGCUGCACGCCCCAGCGCACAGGGCUAUGCCAAGGUCUAGUAAGCACAGCGGUGUAGUCAUGCUAACAACAGCUAACAUGCUGCACGCCCCAGCGUAGAGGUCCGCCCCAGCGUAGAGGUCUCCAGCUGAAUGCCCAACUCUCUUGGGCUAGACGCUGCCAGAGGCAAGUCUGCUAUGUCAUUCAAUACAGUAGACAAGGAUUGUGCAUGUUGUCAGAAUAAAAAGCUCAUGUUUAGAUUACAUGAGUUUUAAUGAAUCAUUUAUAAUAAACGAUCCAUAUCAAAAUAAUAACUGACUGUGAAACAUAAAAGCAGAAUCCACUUCCUUGUAUUUUCUGUUAAAUGAAAAGAUUUACUCUAUGAUUUAACAUAAUUUUAUAUAUAAUACAGUUUACAGUACAUAUUUUUUUAAUUUUGAAUAUAAAUAUUUAUAUAUAUAUAUAUAUAUAUAUAUAUAUAUAUAUAUAUAUAUAUACCUGAUCGUUUGAGCUUUUUUUUUUUCCUAAAACAUGCGCAAUCCUUGUCUACUGUACUGAAUGACGUAGGUAACAUGGCAACAUGGCAGCAACAUCAGUGUCUGGCCAGCCAGCCAAUUUCCUGUCCCCUAUUAUGACUGCAAAGUGAAAAACUUGAAUUUGGAUCUUAUAUUAACAUGGCGGCGAUGCGUGAAGAAGACAAUGGAGAAGACGUUCAGUUCAAGUAACUUGCUGUAUUAGAAGACAAGAUAUGGUGGCGUUAGUCUGACUUACGGCAUGAAGUGGAGGUCCUCGGCUGCAUCCAGGUCCCCCUCAUGCAAGCAGGCAUAUACGCUUAUUUUGUCCGAUAUGAAACUGGGUUUGUUGCAUUUAUAUAGAAAAUUAUGUUUUUAAAAAGUCCAACUGCAGAUUCAAUGGGCUUAUUUCCCUCUGAACUCAUCUCCUGUUCAUCGCCUGUCUUUACUAGAUAAAUCAGUAGCGAGUGUAAAUAAAUAUGAUACUCGGUAAUCAGUUAAACAUAAAUGAGUACAACACUUCACAGGAAGUGCAAACUGAAUUUAUUUUCGAAAUACCAAGUAAGGAGACAUUCAUUCUAUAAAUAAAAUUUUUUGCACAUUUAACGGUUCUAACAAAUAGAAAUUCGUGUGUUCCACUAUUCAGAUAAAGAUACGGCUAAAACACUAAUCCGGAUAUCCAGUUUUAAUUUUUAAAUUAUUUACCCCUAUAGCAGAGUAGACAUUACAAUAAAGUUUAAAGAAAAUUCCUGAAAAUUUGUGGGAUAUCAGAACCAAGUGAUGAUCAUGAGGCCGUACAACGUUGAUCUUUGACCCUUCCAAAAUUAUAUCGGUUCAUCAUUACUUCAGACAUUUCUACACAGGUAGAAGGAAAUUCCUUAAGCAUUCUUGGAUUGUGGCAUGCAAGGGUUAAAUAUAAGGCCCAGUGGUCUUAACCUCUGAUUGAUAACCCAAAUCUUUAAUAUCAUCCUUGAUCAGAGUGGACAUUUCUGCAAAGGUUGAAGGAAAUUCUUUAAGUGUUCUUGGGAUUUUGCAUUAAAGAGCAAAUGAUAAACAUAUGACCCAAUUAUCUUGACCUUUGACCUAUUUACUCAACAUUAUAAUUUGUUCAUCUUCAAGUCAGAGUGGAUGUUUGUGCAAAGUUUGAUUAAAAAAAAAAAAGAAAUCCCUCAAAGCAGACAUUGCAUUGCAAGAACAGAAUGACACAUGGACAUGUGUGCAGACAGGUGGAUAACCUUGAUUGCCAGUGCAGAGGCAUUAAAAACUCAGCAGGCCACUGCGAGACAAAUAAACAUUUCUCUAAUGCAGGAUCAAAAGUGUUCACAGAGGUAUAGCUAAUGUGCUGCCUGCUGGUUGCAAUAGUUUACAUUUAUUUGUGCUGGUGUUCCUGUUAAUGUGUCUACAACCUGUUUUUUUUUUCAUUUCUUUGUACUUAAAAAUCCUGUACAUCUCCAUCUUAAUGUAUGCAUUUGAGGAUAUAAAG